AUGCUUAAAUUGGGCAAGGUGGUGUUAGUGUUAGGCAGCGGCGUGUGCGGCAGCGGGCGAUGGCGUUGGCUGGGGCGUGAAGGCGGCGGCGGGUGUCGCGGUAAUCGCGGCUCGAGGGCGCAGGGAUGCGGCGGCAUGGCGGGCGAGGCUGCGGGCACGUCGCGCGGCCUCCGCGUCUACAAGAUCGUAGUGCUGGGCGACGGCGGUGUGGGCAAAUCCGCCGUAACACUGCAGUUCGUGAGCCACAGCUUCUUGGACUACCAUGACCCCACUAUAGAGGACUCAUAUCAACAGCAAGCAGUAAUUGAUGGAGAGCCUGCUUUGUUGGAUAUAUUGGAUACUGCGGGACAGGUGGAGUUUACAGCAAUGAGAGAGCAGUACAUGCGCUGUGGAGAGGGCUUUGUGCUGUGCUAUUCAGUGACAGACCGGCGUUCAUUCCGCGCUGCUGCUGAGUACAGGCGGUUGCUAGCUCAGGCUCGACCUACGGAGAGACUCCCUCUGGUCCUGGUGGGGAAUAAGCUGGAUCUCGCGCCUAGGUUUAGACAAGUGACGACAGAGGAAGGCAAGGCUCUCGCGACUCAGCUUGGUUGCCCGUUCUUCGAGACGUCAGCUGCACUUCGACACUUCGUUGAUGAUGCUUUCCAUGCUCUCGUUAGGGAAAUACGACGCUUGGAAAGGCAAAGACAGUCAUCAAUAAUAGGGACCGGUAUAUCGACUAGUGGUGGUCGAAGACGUUGGCGGCGACUUCGAAGCAUCUUCGCUUUGGUUUUCCGACGUCGUAGACGCCACCAUACAUCGCCUUAG